AUGUCUGGUAGCGCAGGAUUUGACAGACACAUCACCAUCUUUUCGGAGCAGGGUCGAUUGUACCAAGUCGAAUAUGCAUUCAAGGCUAUCACCGCUGCUGGCAUCAUGUCCAUAGGCGUGCGGGGCAAGGACUGUGCGGUAGUCCUGUCUCAGAAGAAAGUGCCUGACAAGCUGAUCGACCCGUCGUCCGUAUCGCACAUCUUCCAGAUUUCGCCGUCGGUGGGCGCUGUCAUGACUGGGUCCAUAGCCGACGCGCGGGCUUUUGCACAGCGCGCCCAAGGCGAGGCAGCAGAGUUCAGAUACAAAUACGGCUACGAGAUGCCGUCCGACGUUCUGGCUAAGCGGCUCGCCAAUAUCAGCCAGGUCUACACGCAAAGGGCAUAUAUGCGCCCAUACGGUGUGGCGACGACUUUGAUUUCGCUUGACGAGGAGAUAGGUCCACAGUUGUUCAAAUGUGACCCGGCCGGCUACUAUAUUGGGUACAAGGGCACGGCGGCGGGCCCAAAACAACAGGAGGUACUCAACCAUUUGGAAAAGAAGUUGAAGAACAAGGACCAUGCGGAUGGCUCUUGGGAGGACGUGGUGGAGCUGGCUAUCACGACGCUUAGCACGGUGCUAAGCAUGGACUUCAAAAAUACAGAGAUUGAGAUUGGCAUUGUUGGCGGGCCACGGGCUGACGGCAAGGAGGGCACGGACCCCGGGUUCCGGACACUGACCGAAGAUGAGAUUGACGAGCGGUUGCAAGCCAUUGCCGAGAAGGACUAA